UAUUACACGAAAUCAAAGUGAAAUUUACCCCAAACAUAAUUUGCAUUCUCUCCACCUCUGCUAACCGCAACCGCCAUGGCACACUCGACAUUUCCGCACAAAGUUGUGAUAGACGUACACGAGCAUCUUGUAUCCCUCAUUAAGCAUCAUGAUGGUUUGGAAUGCGAUGCUUGCGAUCGAUCGUAUGGUCAUGCCUUCUCAUGCAGUGAAUGCAAGUUUACCAUUCACGCGAAAUGUAUUUUUGUGUUCGAGAUGAAAGAGAUAUUCGAUCACCCUUCUCAUGAUGGACAUAGUCUUAAGCUUCUCACAACCGGAGCUCCUGAUCACACCAACCCAAAAUGCCAUCUCUGUGAUAAAAACACCAAACGUCUUCUUUAUCAUUGCUCCAGUUGUAAACUCAACUUGGAUAUCGAUUGCAUAGUCGAUGCACCGUCCAGAGCCCAUCUGAAUAUGCCGUGGCACCACCAUCCUCUUCUCAUGGUUGAUUUAACUUUUCCUAUACAAUGCGACUUUUGUUACCAGAGUGGCGGACAUGGCUUUCUCUGCCCUCGUUGUAGGUUGGUGAUUCAUGAGAGAUGUGUCUCCGUAUUUGAAUCACCAGAGAUUACUCACCCUUCUCAUGUGAGACACCCUCUUAAGCUUAUCACCAACGGAGCUCCAGAUUACACAGACGGAAGAUGUCAUAUAUGUGCACACGACUUUAGGAAUUUACUUUAUCAUUGUGAUAUUUGUAAGUUCAACUUGGAUUUGGAUUGCGCAAUCAAAACCCCCAGACCAGUUUCUCUUUCAAAUACGAAGGUCCAUGAGCAUACACUCACACUCAUGCCAAGAUUGAUCGCCUUCGUCUGUGAUGCUUGUGGGAUGAAAGGUGACCGUGCUCCUUAUGUGAGAGACGUGUGGGAUGGAAAUGAGCUCGAUGGAGUACCUGAAGAAGUUGAAGAUCUCGAGCCAUUCAAGAGGAAUGAUGACAACACAAUCACUCAUUUUGCUCAUGAACAUAACCUCAUGAGCCUCAGCAAAGACGGUAAAGAAAGCAACUUGUGUGGAGCAUGUGUUCGUCCCAUUGGUUCUUACACAUUCUACAACUGUUCAAAUCUAGAUUGCAGUUUUAUUCUCCAUGAAACCUGUGCUAAUCUUCCAAAGAAGAAACGACAUUUUCUAAGCCCAGAACCUCUCACUCUUUGCCUCCAAAGCCAACAGUACACACCAUUUUGCGACGCUUGUCAUCAAGUUUUUUGUGAAGGCUUCCUCUACUCUAGAUAUGACUUACUCUGUAGUUCGAUCACUGUGCCUUUUAUCCAUGGAAGCCAUGAUCAUCAUUUACUCUACCUUAAUAUAAGACUACAAGGUGAGGUGAAGACUUGCCAGAGCUGCGGCAUCGAAGAAAAAGAGGUCGUCAUGGGAUAUACGCCAAACCAGGAGGAAAGGUCGAAUACGAUUUUGAAUUGUUGUCUAACAAUAGCUCUUCACGGCCGCUUUGCAGCAGGUGUCAUUGUCGAUGCCCAGGUCCCUUCAUUGUCAAUGGAAGAGAAAACGUACCCUUCUGUUCUUAUUAUUGUUUCUCACAGAUGUCCACUUCCAGAUGUCCUCCCUGGGCAGAUGGAGUAGCAAAACCAUCAUUUAAACUAGUACCGAUAACUUUCUAAUAGAUGAUUUAUGUUUUCUUUCUCAUUAUUUUAGUUAUGUUAUUUGCUUCAGUUCGAUAUAAGAGGAGCAUCGGUUCUCUAUGUUUAGGAGCCAUCUCUUCCACUCAUUUUCCUUGCUUGUAGUUAUAGGAGCUACGUCUGCUUCCGUGAAGAAUACAAACUCUUAUCCCCU